UAAAUUGGUAAUUGAACAUUUGAAAUAACAGUUAAAACAUUUUAAAUGUAAACGAAAGAACUUUCCAUCAAGAAUAUAUUAAAGUAUAAAAAAUAUAAAUAAAAUUUGUGAAAAUUUACGCCAUUACAACACUCACGAAUCAAAGCGCCUCUACAGUAAAAUUUAGUUCAUGAAACUUGCCGUGGUCAACCCGACGUGUUUUUUUUAAAACAAACUAUCGAAAGAGGGAAAAUUUACACGUGAGAAGUAUCGUAUUUAUUUUAACAUAAAGUCCUUUCAUCUAUGUUCUCGUGUCAGUGUCGAUAAUAUUUCUAUGAAUUCUGCUAUCACGAUCGAAGAUAUCGACGAAGAGGUGAUUGAUUUGGACUCUAGCCAAGAUGCCAUCAAUGAUACUGACAAUGAUCAAAGUGAAUGUUCGAUCGAAAAAAAUUCACUAUCGAACAACAUUGCGCACGGGACGAAUAUAACGAAUGAAAAUAUCGAUAAUAAUAAAGGCACAACUAAAUUAGAAACUUGCAUUGAUUUGGAUAUAGCGAAACCACUUAUUAAGGUUAUGUUUCGCGAUGAAAAUAUUGCUCGGCAGUAUAGUAAGAAAAUAACAAAGUUUUUAGGAGAAUUAGUAUCAUCCAAGAUUAAAAAUCAAGAAAAUGAUAAUGGUUUAACUUUAGAAAUUUGGGAUAAUGAUAUUGACUCUUGUCAGUCCAUUGAAAUUACUACAGAAAGCGAAGAUAGUCAGGAUAUAAUAUGUGACACAUUGUUUACUGUAGAUACACAGCCAAAAAUUAAAGAUGAUUUUGAUGUUCCAACUUAUGGGAAGAAAUAUGAAAAUGCAUUUGAGAAAGUACAACAUAAAUCAGAUUCUCCAAAAAAAAAUGACUGCUCACGAAAAUUAAUGUGUUUUAAUUGUUUGGAAAAUCAUAAUUUAAGAGAUUGCCCAAAUCCACGCAAUCAGACUAAUAUAGAUAAAAAUAGGAAAAAUUUCAAUAUGAAAAACUCAAGAGCUUUGAGAUAUCAUUUAGAAGAUGAUCAAAAGUUUGGUCACCUGAUUCCUGGUCAAUUAAGUAGUAAUUUACGUAAAGCAUUAGGUCUUAAAAGUAAUGAAUUACCUAAGCAUAUAUACAGAAUGAGAGAACUUGGUUACCCUCCAGGAUGGUUGGAAGAAGCACGUUUACAGCACUCUGGUUUGUCAUUGUUUAAUUCUGAUGGUGUCCCAGAAGAUGAUCCUAAUGAUGAACCAGGAGAAAUUAUUGAAGGAGAUAGAGAUCAGUAUGAUAUUAGGAAAAUAUAUGAUUUUCCUGGUUUUAACGUACCACCUCCACCUGGUACUCAUGAUGAAUAUGUACAAUAUUGGGAAUCAGAUAUGAGAAAUAUUCAUAGCAAACAAACAAUGCUAUCUAAGUUAAGAGGGAAAAAAGCAGAUGAUGGAUAUAAACGGAAAAAGCUCAAAAUAUCUAAUAAUUCAGAAAAAGAUAAUUCAGUCCCGGUAUCUAGUGAAAUGGAAAUUGAAGAUGUGGAUGAAAGUGUAGUAGAAUGCAUUCCUGUUAAUGGAUUGUUUAUACCACCAUUACCACUAGAAUCUACAGAAAAAUUACCAGAACCGCCAGUAUUACCAUCGCAAUCAGAAGAUUCAAAUUAUCAUUCUCAAGAAGUACAGUUUUCUGAACCACUGGAGGAAAGCAAGUCACCGUCGUCUCGUGCAAAUUCUCCAUCAUUAUCAGAUUUAGAGAACAUGAAAAAGCAAUUACUUGUAGAAUUACAAGAAACAAACUCUCAGUCAAAUUCAGAUAUUUCAUCAAAAAGCAAUUCUUCAAAUUCGGUAUCUAAAUCUGAUAUGCCGCCACCUAGCAAUGAAGUUACACCAGAAUCUAAUCGAAUCCGUACAAGAACAAGCUGUGGAAGUGUAAAAUCAGUUGAUCUAGGUACUCCAGUUUUACAAAGUACGUCCCCCUAUAGUAAGUUACCGUCGUCUGAAAAGUUUUCAAAAGAUAUUUGUGAUGUGAUCAACUUUGAGAACCUGCCAAAUUCAACAGGUAAGUAUAAACAAAUGAGUGGAGUUUUGCAGAAAGUGAGAACUAAGUUAGCAAAACUUCAUGAAUGAAGAGCAUAAAUAUUUGAUUAAAACAUGCAUAAUAUUAAAAGAAUUCUAAGUAUAUUUCAUGAGUAGAUUUUGUAUAGAACGAAAUAAGCAAUAAUUUUAUUUAUUUAUAAAGAUAACAUAGCGACAAACUAGAUCCAGUGAAAUAAUUUUUUUAAUGAAGAAACGUUUUAAUUUAAUUGGUAUUGAUGAAAACGUUCUCAUUAUACAUUUAAAGAGGUAUAGAUAAUAUGUGUUUUUAGUUGGUAUUAUUUUAAAUUGUAUAUUUUCCAAAUUAGAAGAUCUCCAAGAUUUCUGAAUCAUUUUUAAUAAUAGGUAAAAGAUAAUCAAAUAUUUCACCACCAGAAUGUAAUUGCAUUUUUCAUAUAAUUAACUUAUGUGGAAGGGGGCCUUGAGAUAAAAUACAAUCGUCCUUCUAA